UUUAUGAUACAUAAAACUUGCCAUCAGAUACUCGUGAAGAAACUGUUUAUAAAGAUGAAGAUGACUUAGUAGACCCCCCAGCCUUAACAGCAGAGGACACCACGGAAGUUCCACUUGGGUCCCGACUGGGAGAGGAUCGAGCCAGAUCAGCCAGAGUUAGGUCAGCACGCCUCAUGUCAGCUCGCAAGAUUCCCGAGCGAAUGCCUGGAGAUGAUCGCAUAUCCGGAAAUUAUCGCAUCCCUGGUGAUGACUGCAUACCAGAAGAUGAUCAUGUACCUGGUGAUGACCAUAUACCAGAAGGUGAUCACAUACCAGAAGAUGAUCACAUACCUGGAGAUGAUCGCAUACCUGGAGAUGGAGAGUCGAGCAUUAUUAUGGACAACCCCCAGGCCACAAGUAUGGCAUCCCAAGACCAGCUCACAGAUAGCAAUAUUGACACUGACACCACAAGUCUAACGAAAGCCGGUGCAUUCGCCCAUCAGAGUAGCUUUGGCAGUAUCCUGGAAGAUCCCAUCCUCGAAGAGAGUGAUAUGCCCAGCGACUCCCAAAACCCAGCGGUCGAGGAAGACGAACAAACCAAAACACCGGAGGCAGAGGAACCUUCGAUGAAGCCUGCAGAAACAGUCAGUGAAACCUUGAAAAUUACCAAAGUUCCCUUGAAGGAAAACACUAUUGAGAGUCCUGCAGAUAUCUUUACAGUAGAAGAUAAUGAUGACAUUUGGUAGAGUGCAUCUCUGACAUACACUUGUAUGUACGACAAUUAAUGCUCAUUUAAUUCAUCACAGAGUACAGCAGUUUUAUUAUUAUUAUCAUUUUUAUUAUUUAUUUAAUAUUACAACUGUAUUAUUCUGUAGGUUUAGCAUUCCCCAUGAAUAUAAUACUUUUAUUACUAUAGCUAUUAUUUUAUUAUUAUUUUACUAUUUAAUUAAUAUGAAUAUAUUAUUACUUUUAUUACUUAAUUAUUAUUUCUUUCUUUCAACACACCGGCCGUAUCCCACCGAGGCGGGGUGGCCCAAAAGGAAAAAUGAAAUUUUCUCCUUUUACAUUUAGUAAUAUAUACAGGAGAAGAGGUUACUAGCCCCUUGCUCCCGGCAUUUUAGCCGCCUCGUAUAACACGCAUGGCUUACGGAGGAAGAAUUCUGUUCCACUUCCCCAUGGAGGUAAGAGGAAAUAAACAAGAACAAGAGCUAGAAAGAAAAUAGAAGAAAACCCAGAGGGGUGUGUGUAUAUACAUGUAUAUGCUUGUACAUGUAUGUGAAGUGUGACCUAAGUGUAAGUAGAAGUAGCAAGAUGUACCUGAAAUCUUGCAUGUGUAUGAGACAAUAAAAAAACACCAGCAAUCCUGCCAUCGUGUAAAACAAUUACAGGCUUUCGUUUUACACUCACUUGGCAGGACGGUAGUACCUCCCUGGGCGGUUGCUGUCUACCAACCUACUACCUAGAUUUAUUAUUAUUAUUAUUUUAUUUUUUUACAUGAGGGCUAAAUGUGAGGGUGUCGACCAGUAUAACAAAGAGGUGGAGACUCAAGUUCUCUGUCAGCACCAAACCAAGCAUGGUAUAACUGUGUACACACCAUGAAGUAUAUAAGCAAAGUACAUUGGCAUUUAUGCAUUAUAUAUAAAUAUAAUCCCUGAAUGAAGGGUGGGUUUUGAAGGUUGUACAGACUUAGGAGAGGGGUUACUGAGCUAAGUAAUCUCAAGGCUCAACAAGUCAGUGAUCUAGGUAAGCUCAAGGCUCAGUGAUUUUCAGUAAAGCUUUACAUAGUCUCUCUGGAGAGACAGUACUUCAAGUGAUGUGCAGAUAUGUGUUUAGUGCAAUCAUUGGUAGUUUUGAUAUUAUGGCUACUUUGAUUUUGUGUUAUGAAUUAGUCUCUAACAUAUCAGUCAUUGAAUUACAUAGUCCAAAGUAAAGGAUUAUCUACUCGUAUCUAUUUUCAAAAAUUAUUCUAAUUACUGUCAAGAAGGUAAAUGUGUUUAAUUUUUAUUAUCAGAUUUCAAUCAGAAUUAGUAAGAAAAUUUGACUUGCACAGGAAAACAGUCACUUCAGAACACAAUUGGAAAAGCAUUUAUUUCCUACAUUGCCAGGUUGUUCUUUAGAAAUAUAUUAUGGUACAAUUUUUUAAAUGCUUUCUGCUAAAAAACCAUUCUUCUUACCAUAGACAGCAAAAUAUUUUGCUAUAUAAAGGAUGUAUUAUCUAUGUUACUCGUUAAGAUCGGUCUGCUGCAGAAUGUAAUUUCAGCUCCAUUUUAGCCUCCUGUCGGUGAACUGGAUGGACCAUCUAUUUAUAAAUCCAUCAAUAAUGGAUAUAAAAUUGAAAAUGGCAUAAAAUACCAACAAGAUAAUAAGACACACAUGCAACAGUUGUGUAUCUUAAUUGUUGACAUCCAACUAUUACAUAUCUUAAUCAUUAACUUGCCAAUAUUUUGUACCAUUUUCAACAUACCUGUCAGAAACAGCAACACGAAAUUUAUUUUUCAACAAUUAAGUUAUCAGUAUGCAGUGCUGAUUGAGCUGUUUUUAAUUUUUGAGCUUGUGGUACACAAGAUAAUGGAACAGCUGCCACAACAGGUAGUUUUAUUCAUCUCUCCUCGUGUUUGGGUUUUGUACGGUAAACCCUUGGUAAUCGCUGAUACCUUGACUGCAAAAACUGUGAGGCCUGGUCAUGGACUGGGCGACAGGGGCAUAGACCCAUGGAACACCCUCCAGGUAUACCACCGUAGAGCCAGCAGACAUGUAAGCAUUAACAGCAGCAUCCCACAUCCCCUUUUCCUUUUUAAGUCAUGUUCCUCACUUUUUGUUACAUUACUCAUGUACACUAAAAUUUUUAGUGAAAUAUACCAUUAUAGUACAGUAAUAAGAUAAGAUUUGUUUGGAUUUUUAACCUGGAGGGUUAGCCGCCCAGGAUAACCCAAUAAAGUCAGUGCGUCAUCGAUUAUCUGGCAGUCAGUUAUUCAGCUUCCAGUAUUGCCUGAUGAUCUUUUUGGGUCUGGCAAAAUGUUGUACUGUGUAAUUCAGUGACCAUGGAAAAAAUACUUUGUCAGUCAGACACUACAUAAAGAAUUAAAAGGCACAAUAUAGACACUAUGUAGAUACUACAUAGUCUGCACUCACUUGAACAAAGAAGAGUGUUCACAUUCAUUAGAGAAUCUUUCAACACACUGGCUGCAUCCCACCAAAGCAGGGUGGCCCAAAAAGAAAAACAAGUUUUUUUUUUUUAACUUUAGUAAUGUAUACAGGAGAAGGGGUUACUAGUCCCCUGCUCCCGGCAUUUUAGUCGCCUCUUACGACAUGCAUGGCAUAUGGAGGAAGAAUUCUGUUACACUUCCCCAUGGAGUUUCCUAAGUAUACCUACAUUUUUACUCAUAAGCAGUGGUUUCUUCACUGUAGUUGAGAACAUAGAUCUGUAAUACCAAAGGUUUGAUGUACAAUAUUGUUCGAUCUCUUUCUAGUCUUACUUCAGAUCAGUUUGAGUCAUGUUACUGUUACAAAUAAAGUCUGAUUUAGUGGUAGAUGUUUGAAUUAAUUAUGAUCAUGAGAGUUUUUAUUUAAUAAGAAACAUGACUGCUGCUUUGUGAGUACUAAGUUAUCUGUCCAUAUAGUCGAUUAAUAAAUUUACAAUAUAGAAUGUAAAGAAAACUUAAGAAUUAUGUGCUCUGCACCAGAUGAUUAUUACUGCUUGUAUGCCAAGGUUAUGAAUAGUUUUAUAAUCAGGAAGUAUAGAAAAAAAUUUAAAUCAAAUUGGUGGAAAAAGAGAUGUAUGGCAAAGGAGACCUUUUAUUAUGAACUUUCACAUACAAGAGAUUUUGGAAAGUGCCUUGUGUAGGCAACCUGUUGUAACAAUAAAAAGUCUUGAAUAUAAUAAUAGUAUACAAUACUGACAAGCUGAUAAGUAAGACACAUGUGCAACAGUUGGGUAUCUUUAUUUUGGAAUAAAGAUACAUAACUGUUGUACAUGUGUUUUACCUAUUAAUAUAAGGUGUCAUUUUUCUUGCUAUACUUUGUGUCUUUCUUUUCCUGCAACUCACUUCUGUGUUCCAAGAAUUUAUAUGAAUUUUGUUUUUUUUUAGUUUGUAUUGGCAACAUGAAUGAAGAUAUUUACUUUUUUUUUU